AUGGCCAAACCCCAGAAAGUCGUCGUGGUCGGCGCCGGUCCUGUUGGCUCGCUAGCGGCGUUGUACGCUGCGCAGCGCGGAUACGAUGUCGAGAUUUAUGAGCUGAGAGCCGACUUGCGAGAUCCUUCAACAACCUUCUUAAACUUCACCCGGUCCAUCAACUUGGCGCUGUCGGAGCGCGGCAUCAAUGCCAUGCGCAAUGCUGGCCAACCAAAGCUUCUGGAACAUGUCUUUGGCGCCACUAUCCCCAUGCGGGGACGCAUGAUCCAUGGCAGAACCCCGAAGGGUGAUCUGUACGAGACCGCCCAGGAUUACGACGUUCAUGGCAGGGCCAUCUACGCCGUGGACCGAGCCGGCCUGAACAAGCGUAUGCUUGACAUUCUCGAAGAGAUGUCCAACGUCAAGUUCUUCUUCAACCACAAGCUCACCGGCGCAGACUUUAGGAAAUGCAAGGCUUGGUUCGAGGUCAUGACCUAUGAGUCCGCGACAGGCCGUGCCAAGGAGAUUGAGAUUGACUUUGACUUCAUGAUCGGUGCCGAUGGCGCCCAUUCAGCCGUCAGGUACCAUCUAAUGAAGUUCACCCAGAUGAACUACAAGCAGGAGUACAUCGACACCCUGUGGUGUGAGUUCCAGAUCAAGCCCGCGAAGCCCCCUUCGGCGGACAGCGAGGGUUCCCGUUUCAAAAUCUCACCAAACCACCUCCACAUCUGGCCCGGCAAAGACUUCAUGUUCAUUGCCAUCCCCAGCGACGACGGAUCUUUCACAUGCACACUAUUCCUGCCCAGCGAGCAGACCGUGGCGUUGGAAAACGACCCCUCCAGCGUGCCCGCCUUUUUUAACAAGCACUUCCCCGGCGUCACAGAUCUCAUCCCCCCAGAAGACCUGAUCGCGUCCUUCAAGCAGAACCCACACCUACCCUUGAUCAGCAUCAAGUGCAGCCCAUAUCACUACGACGCAUCCGCAGUUAUCGUUGGCGACGCCGCACACGCCAUGGUUCCCUUCUACGGUCAAGGCAUGAAUGCGGGCCUGGAAGAUGUCCGAAUUCUCUUCUCCAUCUUGGAUAAGCAUUGCCGCAUGAGCGAAGUCAACGAUCCCACAGGACAAGCAGACACCGCCGCCGCAGCAGCUCACCAAAGAGGCGUCGCGCUGGCCGAGUACACGGCGAACAGAGUUCCCGAUGCGCACUCCAUCAACGAUCUUGCGCUACAGAACUACGUCGAGAUGCGCGCCUCGGUGCUGUCCCCCCGCUACCGCCUCCGGAAGUGGCUCGAGGAGACCAUGUCUGUGUACAUGCCCGGUCUGGGCUGGCAGACUAAGUACUCGCGCGUCAGCUUCGGGAACGAGCGGUACUCGGAGGUCGUCGCCAAGAGUGAUCACCAGGGCCAGGUGCUGUUGAAGACGUUCGAAGCGCUCGUGUGCAGUCCGCUGGUAGUCGGGGCCGUGUAUUUGUGGUGGAAGCGACCGCAGGCGGUUGUCAGCGCCGUCCGAAGUCUUUUGCGGACUUUACUGUGA